GGUCUCUGCCGCAGAAGCGAGAUGACGAAGGGAAGGUCAUCGUUUGGAAAGCGUCGUAAUAAGACGCACACAUUGUGCCGCCGCUGUGGCUGUAAGGCCUACCAUCUUCAGAAGUCGACUUGUGGCAAAUGUGGCUACCCUGCUAAGCGCAAGAGAAAGUAUAACUGGAGUGCCAAAGCCAAAAGACGAAAUAACAGUGGGACUGGUGGAAUGAAGCACCUAAAAAUUGUAUACCGCAGAUUCAGGCAUGGAUUCCGUGAAGGAACAACUCCUAAACCCAAGAGGGCAGCUGUUGCAGCAUCCAGUUCAUCUUGAGAAUUUCAACAGCUAGUCACCCAAUAAAUGUUCUGGUUUUUAAA